AUGGGCGUUUUAUGCCACUGCAGCCACCACAAAAGACCAUCUUUUGCCACUGUAACAGCGCUUGCUUUCCUCUUAUUUGUUUCUUCUUCAGCCAUUGCUCCCUACCCACCUCGCCACCUCGGUGGUGGAGUGAGGAAGGAGAGAGAAGAGGCGAAAAGGGUUGGUGGGUCAGGGAUUGUAGAGCGAGUCCUGACUCAAAGGAGACUCAGUGGGCCUGGAUCGUCACCGCCCACGUGCAGAUCCAAGUGUGGAAGGUGUUCACCUUGUAAACCGGUACACGUGCCGAUUCAACCCGGUUUAAGUAGACCAUUAGAGUACUACCCAGAAGCUUGGCGUUGCAAGUGUGGCAACAAGCUCUUCAUGCCUUAA